AUGUUAGUCGAGUUUACUAAGGUUUACCCAGUCUUUUCGUGGUCGUGGGACAUCCCUGGCGAUGACAACACGGAAAAGGAGAUGGGUGAUGAGGACUUGUGCGGCAUUUGCCGCGUAAACUACAACGGCACCUGUCCGAGCUGCAAGUUCCCGGGAGAUGACUGUCCGCUGGUAAUGGGCGAAUGCAAUCACAACUUCCACGUACACUGCAUUCAGCAAUGGCUCGACACGUCAACUGCGAAGGGAUUGUGUCCGAUGUGUCGCCAGCCAUUUUCGCUGAAACGAGGAGUGGCCAUCAACGAGAGCCAGAUAGACAAGCUCGCCAACCUCCUGAUACAGUCGCAGCCCGCGGUUUUGAACGACGACCAGGACAUGAUGAUGGAGCAAGAGUUUGUUGUGCGAUAA